AUGUCCGACUCUUUCACAAGUUCCUCAUAUUAUUACAGUUCCACAACCGACGGCAACGACGGCAAGAGCACAACAGGACACCGGUACUCAACAACCUCUCACACACAAGGCGACGGCACGACCAUCGUGCGAACCGCACAGCAAGAGCUUGGCCAGCCAGCAGUGGUUGAAGAGCGACGUUACGACAGUACAGGUCAGGAGCAGCUCGCCCUCCCCGAACCAAGUACAUCUGCAGGAGGCAUUCGCCAGAUCACUGGCCUAGAGAGCGAUAUCGACGAUGAUUCCGCUCCGUCUAUCUUGGCUGGCGCUGGGGGUCCGGCGGCUCAACUCUUGGAUGGGGACGGGGAGGACGAUUCGUUUGAUCAUGUUUCUGCGCCGCUGGGGUCUAGGAUUUAUGACCCUAUGACCGGAGCCUACGUCGAACAUACUGAUUAUGAUGUUGGUGGAAUUACCCGCCGGAGCCAUGAAGCGAGGAAUGCUGCCGGGCGUCGGAUGAGGCGCCAUGUGGACUUUGACUCGGAUGGCUUGUCAUCAUCAGCGAGGGAGCACCGGGCUUUUGAGAAUCCUAGUACUGGAAGUCGACUGCGGAGGCAGUCGGAUAUGGAUGUCUCAGAUGUGCUUUAG